CGGGUAAUCUAUGUCCGUAAGGAAGGUUUCUGGUGUUCUUGGACCAUUUUACCACCUGCAGAAUCUGUGAGAUCAGGUCGUUCUGGGUCCAAAGCAUUUCAUCAUGGCGGCAUUAGCAUUAAGAUCGGCUCUAAGAAGCAAGGUCCAUCCUAAAGCUGGCCGUUUGUGCUACUCCUCCUCCUCAGCGCCGACUGUAAAACUCUUCAUUGAUGGCAAAUUUGUUGAGUCGAAAUCCUCAGAAUGGCUUGAUAUUCACAAUCCUGCUACUAAUGAAGUGAUUGCCCGUGUUCCCAAAGCCACCCAAGAAGAGAUGUUGGCUGCUGUAGACUCUUGCUCCAGAGCCUUUCACACGUGGUCUGAGACCUCCGUUUUGUCACGGCAGCAAAUCUUCCUGCGCUAUCAGCAGCUUAUUAAGGACAACAUUAAAGAGCUGGCCAAGUCGAUCACAUUGGAGCAGGGCAAAACCCUAGCUGAUGCAGAAGGAGACGUAUUCAGAGGAUUGCAGGUCGUAGAGCACACCUGCAGCAUCACAUCUCUGAUGCUGGGAGAAACCCUACCCUCCAUCACCAAGGAUAUGGAUACCUACACCUACCGCCUUCCCAUCGGCGUGUGCGCUGGCAUCGCCCCGUUCAACUUCCCCGCUAUGAUCCCCCUGUGGAUGUUCCCCAUGGGCAUGGUGUGCGGCAACACCUACCUGCUGAAGCCGUCGGAGCGUGUGCCGACCUGCGCCAUGCUGCUGGCUAAGAUGCUGCAGGACGCCGGUGCUCCAGAUGGGACGCUGAACAUCAUACAUGGACAGCAUGCUGCUGUGAACUUCAUCUGCGACCAUCCAGCCAUCAAGGCCAUCAGUUUGGUGGGCUCCAACCAGGCUGGGGAGUAUAUUUAUGAAAGAGGCUCUAAAAAUGGCAAGAGGGUCCAAUCCAACAUGGGAGCCAAGAACCAUGGUGUGGUGAUGCCUGAUGCCAACAAGGAGAACACUCUGAACCAGCUUGUGGGAGCGGCGUUUGGGGCGGCGGGGCAGCGCUGCAUGGCCCUUUCCACGGCCAUCCUGGUGGGCGAGGCGCGGAGCUGGCUGCCGGAGCUGGUGCAGCGUGCCAAGGCCCUGCGCGUGAACGCAGGGGACCAGCCUGGUGCAGACGUGGGGCCCCUGAUCUCUCCCCAAGCCAGGGACAGAGUCUGCAGCCUGAUCCAGAGUGGCGUGGACGAAGGAGCUCAACUUCUCCUCGAUGGGCGAAACGUCAAGGUCAAAGGUUACGAGAACGGCAAUUUUGUCGGCCCCACCAUCAUCAGCAAUGUCACGCCCGAGAUGAAGUGCUACAAAGAGGAGAUCUUCGGGCCCGUCCUGAUUGUCCUUGAGGCAGACAGUCUUGACGAUGCCAUCCGUCUGGUCAACAACAACCCCUAUGGCAACGGCACCGCCAUCUUCACCACAAAUGGUGCUACGGCGCGCAAAUACACUCACGAGGUGGACGUGGGCCAGGUUGGAGUCAAUGUUCCCAUCCCCGUGCCGCUGCCAAUGUUCUCCUUCACAGGAUCGAGGGGAUCCUUCAGAGGAGAUACCAACUUCUACGGGAAACAGGGCAUCCAGUUCUACACUCAGAUUAAAACCGUGACUUCACAAUGGAAAGCUGAAGAUGCUACCUUGAAAAGUCCUGCCGUUACCAUGCCAACAAUGGGACGCUGAAUGCUUCGUCCUAUAAGCGCUUUGAAUGUCAUUUUGAAUUUUCUUCCAGUGAAACCACAUAAUGUUUAUAUACAUGCUGUGAAUUAACACCCAUUAGAAAGACUGUAUAUGUAAACUGUGUGUAUA